GUGCUUUGUUGUCACGUGUCUACGAUAAAACCCCAGAAGCGGUGAGCAAUAAAAAAGCCCAUUUGGUUUUUGUUCGCUUUAUCUCAUGAGCCCACCAAGCCCAAGUCAAGAGCGUGCACGUGCGGUGCUUUGUUGUCACGUGUCUACGAUAAAACCCCAGAAGCGGCGAGCGGCUUUGCCUUGCUCAUCAACCUCGCUCGCUCGUCGUCGUCGUCGUCUCCACUUCGAUUCUUUUCAAUCAGAGAUGAUGAUGAUGAACCUUCUAAGGAGAUCAGCGAUGGCCAUCGGCCACCAAUCAAAGUCGAAACUGGCUUCGUUUUCUUCCGCUUCACAACCUUGUUCUGGAAUCCCAAAAUCGUUGAUAAGCGUUUUACCAAGAGGAGGAGCAUCAAGGCAGGCCAUUACUGAUUCUGGUCUUAUGACUCUGGACUCUACUGGAGCUAAUGGACUAUUGUUUCGCUUCCGAAACCCGCAAGCAAGUAUAUGUACGGAAGCUCGUCCAAAGAACAUCAACUCAUCUUACUUUACGAGAUCUUUUGCAUCAAGAACUUCUAAAGAACCUGGGAAUCAGCAGAAUAAGGCUAAGAAAGAGGUGACAACGGUGGAGGAUCCUUUUGAUUCUCCUACGUACCACAUCCCGGACAAGCCGGUGACCUUUACAGAAGGUGCUUCCUACAGUCUUGUUAUUCUGGCUGGGCUUGGGGUCGCUGGAGCUGCUGGGUACGGUGUGUUUAAAGAGCUCAUAUUUCAACCAAAAGAGUACAAGGUCUUUGACAAAGCCUUGAAGAGAAUUCAAGAUGAUGGUCAGGUGAGGGUUAGGAUUGGAUCCCCCAUCAAAGGCUAUGGACAAGAAACCAGAAACCGCGCUGCUCGUCAACGUAUACCCAAUAGAGUAUUUACAGAUGAAGACGGAGUGGAGCAUGUUGAGGUAAACUUCUACAUCCGUGGGCCUCAAGGAGCAGGGAAAGUGUACACGGAGAUGUUUAAAGACAAGGCAGAGAAGGAAUGGAAAUACACGUACCUGAUCGUAGAGAUUUUAACACCUUCCCCAGCCAAAUUGAUGUUGGAGUCUUACUUGCCUGCCUAAACACUCGUAUUAUAUGAUUCAGCUGAUCCGGAAAACAUUCAGAAACGGCUUAGAUUGUUUUAGUU